CAGUCUGGUACUGGGAGCCUUCCAGUGAGAGAUGUUCUCCAGCUCCAGGAUGACUGGGAACCAGUGCAGCCUGCUGUACGGACCGCUGGAGGAGCUGCAGGAGCUCGCCUUCAUCGAGAGGCCCAUCCGCAGGAGUCUCAAGACAGCCGAGGAGAUAGAUCAACUGACUGUGGAUGAAGACCUGAACGACAUUGAGAGAGCAGUCUAUCUUCUUAGUGUGGGUCUGGAGGUGCAGAGAGUAAAUGUCAUCAGCAACCUACCGAGCCUUGUGCGUCAGAACCCAGCUGAGACCUUUCGUCGGGUCGUACCAAAAGUCCGGGAGGUCUUGAAUGGAGCUGGAGCAGAGAUCCAGCUGGCAGCAGCAGCUUCGUUCUUAACCAUCCUGCAGGAUGACAUCAUCCUGAUCCACACUCACACUUUCUCCAUCUUGAAGACUAUCCUGCAGCACCUGAACCACAGAGACACAGUGGUGAGCAACGCCUGGUUAGAGACGCUGCUGUCAGCCAUCAACGCUUUACCUAAAGAGACCAUCAAACAGGAGGUACUGAACCCUCUCCUUUAUCAGUCUCAGCUGUCUCACUCUAUUCCGGCUCGUCUGGCAAGCUGUCGCAUUUUAGGGAAAGUCGCCUGCAAGUUCGACACUCACCUAGUGAAGAAAGAGCUGCUGCCCCUGGCCCGGUCCUUAUGUCAAGACGUGGAGUUGGAGGUUCGAGCCUGUAUGUGUCGUCAGCUCGAGAGCUUUGCCAGAGCGACGGGGGUGGAGCACACCAGGAUUGAGCUACUUCCUGAACUGGUGGAACUCGCCAGAGAUGAGGAGAGCAGUGUCCGCCUCGCCGCCUUCGAUACCAUCAUCAACUUGAUGGAAAUGAUCGAUGGUGAUGACAGACUGCAUGUUGUGGUCCCCAUGGUGAUGUCAGUGUGCGAGGUGUCAUCGCAGGCGGACGAAGCCGUUGUUGCCUCUUUGUCGUUCCAGUUUGGGAAGGUCUGCAGCGGGCUGGCAGGCUCUCUGAUGGAUGAGGAGAAGGGCCGGUUGCUGCAGAGGUUUAAGGUGCUCUGUGUAGCGGGAUUGCAGAUUGAAGGGAACCAGACCGACUUCAACGAAACAAUGCUGAUCCGCUGCAACUGCUGCUACAACCUGCCGGCCAUGAUGGUGUUUGCUGAUCCAGCUCACUUCUUGUCAGAACUCUACCCAUCCUUCUCCAGUCUCUGCUGUGACCCACAAGUCUGUGUCCGAAGAAGUGCUGCAGCCAGUUUCCACCAGGUGGUGAAGCUGCUCGGUUCAAAUGUCCAUUUGGUCCACAAGGAGCUUCUGGCUUUGCUGCAAGACGAAGCUCUAGAGGUGUUGGAUGCUCUGAUGAAUCACCUGGAGGAAACUCUGGAGGCCUUUCUUUCCAGAGGAGAGAACCUGGUGCUGGACAACAAGUUUCCGGAGCUGCUGUCGGCUCUGCUGCAGGUAGAGCAGAAGGUCGGAGGCUCACUGCGCUGGCGGCUGCAUGAGAAGCUGCUGCAACAUUACAGUUGCCUGGCCAGACUCCUGCCUGGAGAAGUGCUGCACCAGCACUUCUCCCCUCGCAUCUUCACCAUACUCACCACUAACAAGGUGUUGCCCGUACAGAGAGAGGCCGCUCGGACCUUCUGCACUUUCCUACGCUACAACCGCAAACAUGAGCAGCGGCAGGAGAUGAUGGAGCGACUGAUCCAAGAAUUGGCUCAGGGGCGGAGCUACUGGAACCGCCUGAGGUUCCUCGAUGUUUGUGAAACGGCCUCUGAGAUCUUCUCCAGAAAAUACUUCAACAAAUACUUCCUGAUUCCCGCACUGGAGCUGGUCCAGGACCCUGUGGCCAAUGUCAGGUACAAGCUGUGCCAGCUGUUGCCGAGGUUACGAUCAUCACUACGCCUGCCAGCAGACAAGCAGCUUCUGCAGCAGCUCAACUUCUGCGUCCAAAAGAUUCUUGGCAGAGAAAAAGACAAAGACGUAGUGGCCACUAUACGUAAGACAGUCCUGGAACUGGACAAACUGGACCUUGCAGAACCUUUUCACAAGAGGCACGAGAGGGAUCUACUGGACCAGAAGAAGGAAAAGGAGGAGAAUCUGCUGCUGGAGAUGGAGCAGCUGGAGCGCCAGCAGACUGAAGAGAAACUGAACUCCGAAAAACACAUGGAGAGAAAACGAAGAGACAGUAAGACCAGUCUAUCUGCAAUCAAAUCCAUGUCUGUGUCUUCGUCUGGAGCCACCUUGUCCUCCUCUGGGAAAGAGAUGAGGAAGGCUAAACUUUCCAGGAGUCGAUCCCUCAGCAGUCAGCCGACAAAAUCCAAGCCUACCAAUGCAGACCGACUUGUGAAAGUGAAAGAUUUUAGCAGCAUGUCUGGACCUGGGAGGUCCUCCAUGUCAAUGACCAAAGACGAACCCUUGAGGACUGCACAUUUCUCUACCACGACCCAGUCCACCUCCUCUAUGCCAGUCCUGAUCCACAGCAACACCACCAGCCUCAUAGAGAGAACCAGUAUAAUGGAUCAUAGGGCCAGCAGCAUGGAUCAGAGAGAUCACAGAACCAGUACACUGGACCACAGAAUCUGUAAAAUGGAACACAGGAACAAUAUGAUGGAGCAGAUAACAGGUACAAUGGACCAGAGAGACCUUAGAACUGCUACCAUUGAUAAGAGAAAUCAGAGGACCACUACCCUGGACCAGAGAGAGCACAGAACCAGUACCCUGGACCAGCACAGUAAAACAAUGGAUCGGGGGUGUGCAAUAAAGGACAAGCAGUCCAGAAAGCUGUCGAUAAACAGGAAGUCAAACUCUUUCAGUGUCCAGUCGGGAAGAGACUGAAGACCAUGGUGUCAUCGUUCCUCCACCAGGCCAUGAGCCAAUCAGCAGUCAGGGUUCACAAGUCCAAAGACGGGCUUGCCCAGAAUGCUACAGGACAUCCUCCCUUCCAAACAGAGACAGUAGUCUGACUUAAAUUUUCUGAGCACUGUGUAUUCUAAUGAUCUCAUCCUGUCUCAGUAAAUACACAUGCAAACUGCUGGUGAUUUCUUAUUGGUUGGUGCUAUACACGUGACUGUGUGUUUGCUUGGAUGCAUUUUCUCCAUCUCUGAGAUGAUAACUCGAUGUAAUUGGGUGCCAACGGUCUUUUGGAAAUAUAGGAUAUCACAGGGAUGUUUGAUGACAUCAUGUUUUGCAUCAGUGAAAUAAGACAAUCAGAAGUUCCUUUUAAUAUUUAAUAUUUUCCAGUUGAGCUUUAAAUAAGUACAGAGUGUUUUCAGACAUGCUAAAGGUUCAAAUGUUACGAUACCGCUCAUCAUGCCAACUAAACACAGUCCGUCUGAGAAUGAA